AUGCGGAACGCAAUCAAACAGUUCCUGAGCUUUCACCAGGCCCUCCGAUCUAGACUGAAAGAACCAAACAUCCAGCGCAUCGAGGCCAUCUUCGAUCUCAAAGUGGACUCGCUCAAGGGUCUAUGGGGACGUCUGGAAAAGCCGGCUGAUCAGGGCCAGCGGGGCGUGCAGAGUCGUCGUCAGACAACCAAGAUCAAGCACAGGGUCAAUGGGCCUCUGGGCAUUCCAGAGCUGGGCCAUUGCCGGGCGCCGUGCGGGUUUCGAAUUUGGCCAGAUUUGUAG